AUGAGGUGGACGAGAGUGGCCGCGAUCGUUCCGCUCUGGAUCGCCCUGUCGGUCCAGCAGCCCAGAGAUCCCCUCGACUCAUUCUGUCGGAUCUUUGGCCAUCAAGCGGCCGUUGUUGAUCGAAGACUCUACGUCGAUGGCGGCUUCGUCAAUCAUGGCUCCCUCCCGCAAGAUCCCAAGAACUACACCAACACCGCAUUGCUCGAUGCCGACCUCGACGUCACCAAUCUGGGCAUGCCCGUCCUCCAUAGUAACCUGAGCAAACCCAGCAAAGUCCCCGACAUCAACGGCGCCAUCCUGUGGUCCGACCCCGUCAACAAAAUCCUCUACCUCUAUGGCGGCGAGUACUCCGAGGGCGAACCGGACCCCUUCGCCCUCUGGGCCUACAACAUCGUCUCCAGCAAGUGGAAUUCCAUGCCCGCUGACCCUGAGUACCGCGACAUCCAGCGAGCCAGUUACGGCGCCGGCGCCGUGGUAGAGGGCGGCGAGUUCGCCUACUACUAUGGGGGGUGGCUGUCCAACGCCUCGGUGCCCUCGUGGGGAUCGACUGAGCCCUUGGCCCUGUCAUCCCUCCUGAUGUACAACAUGGACCAACACACGUGGACCAAUUCGUCCGGCCCCGACUCCAUCGGUCGCGCCGAGGGCGCGAUGGUCUACCUCCCCGCAAGCGACCGCGGCAUGCUGGUCUAUUUCGGCGGCCUGCAGGUGCCCGAGGGAACAGGAAAGGCCACCCCGCAGCCCAUGGAUGAAAUCCUCCUUUACGACAUCGCCAACAGUAAAUGGUACACGCAAAAGGCAACCGGCCAAGUCCCCGAGGAUAGAAGACGAUUCUGUGCCGGGGCGACGUGGGCGUCCGACUAUUCCUCGUACAAUAUCUAUCUCUACGGGGGAUCGGAGAUCUCUGAAGGCGUGGGCUUCGACGACGUCUAUAUCCUGUCCCUCCCGUCCUUCAAGUGGAUCAAAUGGUAUCCCACCGAGCCCGGCCCGGGCUAUCCCCAUCACUCGCUGUCGUGCAAUGUCGUAGACGGCGCCCAGAUGAUUAUCAUCGGCGGCGUCUUCACCAACACCACCAUGUGCGACGUGCCCAACGUUUACGCCAUGCACAACAUGGAUCUGGGCAAACAGAACCCGGACUCUUCCCCGUGGUACCAGUUUCGACCCAAUCUCACGACCUACAAAGUCCCACCCGAAAUUGUCUCCGCCAUCGGAGGAUCUGAAUCCGGAAAAGCCAACGUGACCUCCCCCAAGGGCGGCUUUGGCUACCGCGAUCUCAACACCUACUUCCAGCGUGUGUAUACACCCCCACCCCGAACCCCUAGUCACACCCCAGAAGACGACGAUUCUACCCCCGUCGGAGCCAUCGCUGGCGGCACCGUUGGCGGCGUAGCCGGGGUCUGCAUCAUCGUAGGCGGACUGUAUCUCUGGCUCCGCCGGCGUCGGAAGCAAAAAGAGACACCUGUCGAAGAGGCUGUCUCGACGCCAUCCGCCCCAGAGACGAAACCACCGACGAUGUACGAGCUGCCUGGUCAGCGGGAGCAGCCCAUCGGGGAGUUGGCCAACACCGCACCGGUGGAGCUGGAAUCCCCCGGUGUGACCAAACACUUUUCCCUACCGGGCGAUCAUCAUCAAUACCAACAUUCACCACUUCACAGCCGCGACCCGUCGAGUCCGUCGGCAGAGCUGCCUGUCUGA